CCAACUCCACCACUCACUCCUCCCGUUCUCUCCAAACCCACCGGCUCCGUAUCCCAGUCGAAAGGUGAUUUGAAACCAAAACGUCCGGCGCCCGAGAAAAAGCGAUCGCUGUCGAAACGGGACCACACGACGACGCGAAACACCACCCCAAUACACGCACCCAUCAUGUCCUCAACAUUCACAUCCCUCCGUGGCCUCGCCACCCGCCUCUUCGCCGGCGGCGCGCGUCCCUCGCCAUCAUCCCUCCUCCUCCCCAACAAGCCCGCGACCGCCGCCCUCCCCACCGCGAUCCAACACCAACAAACCGCUUCCUACGCGAGCAAGGGCAAAAGCGGCCCCCCAGCCGGCAUGUUCUCAGGCCAAAAGGCCGGCAGCAAGAAAUCGAAAGGGCCCAAGCAAGUCGACCCGCGUAUCAUCAACAUCCUGCGACACUUUGCCGUCCUCUCGCCCAAGCGGAUCCCCCCACCCCUCCGGUUCGGCCGCAACAGGUACCUGCGCCACUGGACGAUCCAUCGCGCCUGGCUUCUUUUCCGUCGCCAGCAGCGCGAGCAGCGCGAGCGGAUCUUGAUGCAGCAGCACCAGAGCAUGAGCAAUGCGUGCGAGGAGCUUCGCAACACAGAGGGUCCCGGAACGAGGGAGACGGGAUACCUGUAUCGUGUGGCGAUGCUGAAGAAUGGUGUGUACGGACUGAAGAGUAUCCCAAUUGAGUAUGCUAGUCGGGCGUUGGUGGAGACGCCGGGUAGGCAGGCUUGGAAUCAUGAGUGGAAGCGGUAA